AGGAGGGAGCGCGCGAGCCGAGCCGAGCGGAGCUGGGAGGUGCUGGGGAGAGGCAGGCAGAGCCUGGCCGGCCGCCUGCGGCUCCGCGCCGUUCUUGCUGCGUCCCCGGCUCCAGGUACCCCCGCCUCUGCCCAGGCUCCCGCAAAAGUUUUAUUCUCUGAGGCCCCCCGGCCUGCCUGAAGGACCCGGAGCGAUUGGCCCGCUGUGCGCUCCCCUGCGGCGACGACCCAGGGGACGUGCAUCCCUCGCCCGCGGGGCUCUCGCGCCUCGCGCUUCCUCACCUGCAGAUCGCUCCCGGGAGCGGCGAGGGGCCCCAGCCGAGGGGCCGCGCGGGCGCCGGCGCCCAGAAACUCUCCAGCCCACCGCCGCAGACCCGCCCGGUCCAACUUAAACUUGAUUCCUCUCGUCCGGCCCCGGCACCCGCGACUGCUCUGCCACCGCCGGCGUCUCGGCCGCAGCACUCGCCGCCUCACAAAGGGGCGUAGGGAGGGGUAGCAGGCGGCGGGCACCGGCGCCGGUACGCGGGGCGCUAGCCUCCGGGCCGCCGAGGCCGGGAGACAAAAGGGAAACUGCCUCCGUUCGCCGGACCGGCUCGGAGCUGCCCGAUCGUUCGCCUCCCGCCCGGCUCCGUGAGCCUCCUCCCCCCCCCCCCCCCGCCUACCCUCGGCUGCUGCUCCGCCUCCCUCCCCGCGGGCUGUCCCCGCAGGGCUCCGGGACCCAGCCAGCCUUCGGGGCGCGCGUCGCUGCUGGUGGUUCGGGCUCUAGCGAUAAUAAAUGAUAGAGGAUACAAUGACUUUGCUGUCUCUCCUGGGUCGCAUCAUGCGCUACUUCUUGCUGAGACCCGAGACGCUCUUCCUGCUGUGCAUCAGCCUGGCGCUGUGGAGUUACUUCUUCCACACGGACGAGGUGAAGACCAUCGUCAAGUCCAGCCGGGACGCCGUGAAGAUGGUGAAGGGCAAGGUGGCCGAGAUCAUGCAGAACGAUCGACUGGGGGGGCUCGACGUGCUGGAGGCUGAGUUCUCCAAGACCUGGGAGUUCAAGAGCCACAAUGUGGCGGUGUAUUCCAUCCAGGGUCGGAGAGACCACAUGGAGGACCGUUUCGAAGUUCUUACGGACCUAGCCAACAAGACGCACCCCUCUAUCUUCGGGAUCUUCGACGGGCACGGGGGCGAGACAGCAGCUGAAUAUGUAAAAUCUCGACUCCCAGAGGCCCUUAAACAGCACCUUCAAGACUACGAGAAAGACAAAGAAAACAGUGUAUUGUCUUACCAGACCAUCCUUGAGCAGCAGAUUCUAUCCAUUGACCGAGAAAUGCUAGAAAAAUUGACUGUAUCCUAUGAUGAAGCAGGUACGACGUGUUUGAUUGCUCUGCUAUCAGAUAAAGACCUCACUGUGGCCAACGUGGGUGACUCGCGUGGGGUCCUAUGUGACAAGGAUGGAAAUGCCAUUCCUUUGUCUCAUGAUCACAAACCCUACCAGCUGAAGGAGAGGAAGAGGAUAAAGAGAGCCGGUGGUUUUAUCAGUUUCAAUGGCUCCUGGAGGGUCCAGGGCAUCCUGGCCAUGUCUCGAUCGCUGGGGGAUUAUCCAUUGAAAAACCUCAAUGUGGUCAUCCCAGACCCAGAUAUCCUGACCUUUGACCUGGACAAGCUCCAGCCUGAGUUCAUGAUCUUGGCAUCAGAUGGCCUCUGGGAUGCUUUCAGCAACGAGGAAGCUGUUCGAUUCAUCAAGGACCGCUUGGAUGAACCUCACUUUGGGGCCAAGAGCAUCGUUUUACAGUCCUUUUACAGAGGCUGCCCUGACAACAUAACAGUCAUGGUGGUGAAGUUCAGGAAUAGCAGCAAAACAGAAGAGCAGUGAACCCUUCGGGGUCUCAGCUGCCUUAGACUAAAGGACUUUCAACACACUGGUCUCUUUUAAUGUAGUGAAAGGUGUGGGAGUAACAAUUAGGAUCAUCCAUCCCAGACAUGGGGUUCCCCGUCCCCAACUGUCUUAAGUCUAUGUGCCGUAUGAACAGAGGGUGCUCUUGGCCAAUGUAGUUGAGAGGCUGGAAAAUGGUUUCUUCGUGUUUUCCCAACUCUUUCAUCCAACAUCCAAAAUAGAUAUAGCUGUAGAGUCACAUGUAUGAAGUUAAAGGCGUAUGUGCCAUAUAUUCUCCUUUUACAGUUGCUUUCAAGAUCCCUUACAGGCCCUCCGAUCGUCAGACUUCGUGUCCUCUCACUGGAGCAAUGAGCAGGGCAGGACUCCCAGGAGAUGCUGUGGGUAACCCAUGAGUCGGAGCCAAUGUGGCCAUGCCCCUUGCUGAGAGGCAGAGCUGUCCCGAGGGUGCUUUGUCCUCCUGAGCCCAGCUUUUCUGCUCUGCAGCAGCCCAGAAACAGAUUUGGAAAUGGUUUAUUAUUCCACACCUGUUCUUCAAAGCUGAGGGAAGUGGGGAGGAGGAGAACCACCUGCCGCCCUUAAGUCACCUCCCCCGCCUUCGUUAGUUAAAUAGACUUUGUGUGCCACCCAACCAGUCUGUGUGUGUUUGUCCUAAUCGUGCAUGACCUUAACCUUUUGCUUACACUUUACCUAAUGGAAUAGGCACCUGUUAAACUUUACCACCUGACACCGUGAUUUUUUUUUUUUACAGUACCAAGUGGAAAAAAGCAAAUCACAAUACCGCAAUUCCUUCUACCUUUAAGGAUAGAUGGGGAAAUCACAGCCAAAUAAGUCACAGCAUCCCCUGGGAAGUUUGCUGCUUUGCAUUGGGAGAGAAAGCUACUGAGGUUGCCAUCCUGACUUGAGCGCCAGCUGCCUGGUUUUGUGUAUUUCUUUCUGUCCUAGUAGCUUUCGAGCAUCUCUCAAGCGGUGUUCUGAGAAGCAGCUGCGUAGAACUGCAUGUGUGCCCCCUGAAGCCAAGUACAGAGUCCCCAGCCUCCUGUUGGAAUUUGGUAGUAAAUUACUGGGAUGUGCUUCUGCUAGAUGGUAGAAAGGCAGCAGUCUUUAAUGUUUGGUUGCAAACCAUUGAGUUAUUUUGGGGCCAGACCUGCUACUUUUCAUUUCUUAUCACCAAUGUCACAUUUCCAAUCUCAGUAUUUUAUUAUUAUGGAAAAUGCUGGGCUCAAACAGCCAAACAAGAUAUUCACGGCAUCCCUACCCUGUGUCUGAAAAACCAGGGCAUCCACCUGGUUUUGUCCUUCCAGAGUGGGCAUUUGUCUUUAUGGCUUCUCCGAGGCCCCAUUUGCUGACCACCUCCUCCCCUGCCUUCUUCAAAUGUGGAAGGUUCUAGGAGAGAACUCAGGAGGAUGCAAAGAUCCCGUUGUGGCUGCCGAGGACUGUGAUCUGUCUGGAUCCCUCUGAGCUCUUAACCUUUCUUUGACUGAAAGAAUAAUGGUUUCCCAAGCGAUGUACUUACUUUUGUAAACUAACAUUGGAAUUUACGAUAUUAGAAUUAGAACUUUGGUUUUGUUUUUUUUUUAGAUGUAGCAUGUUUCAGUACAAAAUACCUGCCACCAUGUUAGAUUGGAGCCUCUGCCUCUUGAGAGGCACAGUGUUUGGAUGUGUGUAUUUGAGGUGGGGUGGGGAGGGAGUUGUGGGAAGCAUGCUGGUUAUGAUCACUGAUGGGAUGGUCGGGCCAGGUGGCCUGAGUUUGUUUGGGGAUUCGGGACAUUCUGAUUAUGAAGUUACCGGAGCCCACCCUCUAACUGGAGUCCAGGAGUAAGCAGUGUCAGCAUGUUAUAGCACACAGUUCAUUUUCCUUUUUCUAUUUUUAAGUUAACCCAGAAUUCAUAAAUAACAAUGGAAAGACCUUUUUAAGUUCUGUGAUCAUUGUUAUUGCAUAAAACGAAAAUGGUACUGUUUUGGUGAAGAUGAAGAAGAAAAGCUACUAAAUUAGUAAAUCAGUGUUUCUCUGCCCUGCGAAAUGUCUUAGUAGAUGGUGCUGAGUGCAGAAGUGUGUGGCUUUCCCUCUGACUGAGGUUCACAAGGCAUCUUCUAAACUUUUCUUUGUAGAAUGAACCCCUUUCUGACUUUAACCAAGUAGUGUGUGUAUUUUUUACUGACUCUUUCUCUCCCAUUUUGGCUUGUAGAUUUUUGAAACAGGCAAAGAUAGCCGCAAUUUGAUGAAUAGUUGUCUCAAGUCAGGCUACUUUGUUCCCUUCCCAUUCUCCCGGAGCUCGCUCGCUCUCUCUCUUUCUCUCUCAGCUGCCUCCAGCCUCCAGGGGUCUGCAGACCUCACCUGGGGUGCCCUGUGGCUCUCUAGCCAGCCGCCCCAUUUUCUAGGGACAGGAAGGUUGAGUCUAGUUAGGGAAAUUGACUUGAGAAGUUUGCAUGUGAAGCUUCCUGAAAUAGUACUGCCAAAGCUUUGGAACUGUCACCCCAGCUUCCUAGCCCAAGUUCACAUUGCCAUUAGCCCCCAUGGUGCCAAAUUUUGGAACGGUUUUGUAGUCUUUAAGAAAUGAAGCUGGGAACCAAUGAUCAUGUGCUUAUGACCCCCCAGCAAGAUGCCAAGCCCAGGUCUUCAUUAAUGCACAGCUUUCCUGCUGCGCUAGUGGCAAUCUGUACUCCUAAAAUGGGUCGGAAUUUGGUGGGGGCGGGGAGGGUAGCGGCAGGGGGAGAAGGCAGGGAAACUUACUUUUAACUCACGGUAUUUGCAGGUUUCUAGUGGAAGGAAUAAAUAAUACUUAUAUGGAAAACUCUGAAACUAGUUCCCAAGACCGGCAUUUAUUUCAUGUGACCAGCAUGCCCAAGGCACUUGACUCUGAGGUCACCAUUCUAAUACAGCAUGACUGUACAUGUCACUGGUAAUCAAGGCUCUAUUCUAUUCCUUGCCUUGGACUGAAGGCAUUGGCCUGUAGCAUUUUGUCUAUGUGGUAAGAGUAUUACAGAGUGUUUUACAGAGUGAAGGAGCAUAUGAAAGUGAAAGUGUUAAUCACUCAGUUGGGUCCCACUCUUUGCGACCCCAUGGACUGGAGCCUACCAGGCUCCUCCAUCCAUGGGAUUCUCCAGGCAAGAGUACUGGAGUGGGUUGCCAUUCCCCUCUCCAGAGAUUUUCCUGACCCAGAGAUCAAACCUGGGUUUCCUGCAUUGAAGGUGGAUUCCUUACCGUCUGAGCACCAGGGAGCCCAUGCAAUUUGGAUAUUUAAAAUGGGCCUUAUUGCAUACAACCGUUGUCAUUUCAACCCAUGAACAUUUUGUGCAGGCAGGAUUAUGUGAGUGAUGGCAUCGUCAACCCUAUCUGAAGUGGUUCUAGGAAGUUGAUUACAUGAUUGAACUGGAUCACUGCGAUGUUCAUCCAUACAUGAGGAGCUCACAAAGGGAGUGAUCACCUCUUUGCCAAGUAUACUUCGAUUUUCCUGACUCCCCCCACCCCCCCACCCCGCCCUGAGUUGUUGCUAGAGCUAACUCUCUUGCAACUGGAAACACAGAAAGUUUAGAAAAGGGCACCAGUUCAUUGUGCAUUUGGAAGUACAGUCAUCCAUACUCUGGAUCAGGUUUUAUUUUCCAGUGAUCUCAGAAAAUUGUUGCCUUCCUUCAGCCCAGUAUGAGACUGAUUUUGAUGUUCCCCUAAAUUGCCUUAGCUCGUCACACCAGCAUUCCUGACCUAGCUCUGCAGAAAUGACAUGACCAUUUGAUACCACACUAGGGCCUUUUUAAUUGCCCCUGGAUCAACUCACUCACAUCUAGACUUUGAAGCUAAUUAGUUGAGCACUGUAGGAGUGUUCCCCCAUCAUGUUCCACAGGAUACAAGGUCCAAAGAUACCCUUCCUCAUAUAGGGUUCCAGGGUCAAAAGAGUUUGGGGAAAGAUACCGUCUUAGAAAGUUAGUACGUAUCAGCACAUUGAAGGUUCUAAUUUAAAUAUCCUCUGAGGAAAAUUAAAAAACAACCCCCCCCCUCAUACAUAGUUCUAGUGUUUUCCAGAUUCAUUUUGACCGUGGAAACUUUUUUGAGUAACACCUAGUAAAAGAAGCUUGUGUUCCAUAGGAACCACUUUGGGAAAUUCUGCUGUAUGGAAAUAUGACUGUUUUCUCAUUCACUAUGACUGUUAGCAGUUGCAGUGUAGUUUGCAAUUUAGAAACACUCAUCCUUUCAUGGAAGAGGCUGAUUUGUUAAUGAAAGCAGUAUUAAGAAAUAGCAUGAUUUCCUUUGACCUUCAGCAACCUCACAUCGAUGGUAGAAGCCCGGCGAUCUUGCUUGAAACUCUAAACAUGGGCUCGCCUUCUUUUUGUAUGAAUAAUAAGCAAAAACCUUGCUACAGCUAGGGAUUUUUAAAAUUCGUUCCAAGAGCUUUUAGUUGCAUUUUUGAAGUUAUCUUUGCUUUUCAGAUAGUGAUAAAAUAUAAGUAUUUAUUUUGAUUCUAUGUGAGAGUAAGAAAAUCUAUUUAAAAUAAUGGAAAAGGGGGAAUAGCAAAUUUGGUAUUAAUUCAUUUUUAAAAUUCUAGCUAGACUUCUAAAAAUUAUGUAUCCAUUUUAUAAUAAUGGAAAUGUAAACUAUUUACAUUUAUUUACUCUCUCUUCUUAUUCAUUCUAAAAUCCCUAUCCCAUGUUGUCCCACCUUUCACAUUUUAUAUAUAUAAUUAAGUUUGGCAAGUUAUUUCUUGCCUAAAAUGUAAGGCUUGACUAUAGCUCCAUAAUUGUCACUCUCAGCCUGUAUAAUAUGUUCGGAAAGCUCUGAGAGAGAAUCCAUACCACAGAGGAAAUAAAUCUAGUUGAAAACAUGGUACAAAGUGAAUUUACAGUAAAGUCAUUAUCUUAAAAUUGCAUCCAGUAUUUAGGAAUACACUCUUUCUGGUUGUUAUCCAAAAUAGAAUAAAACUGAAAGUAAGACCUCUUAGACUCGGUGGCAGAUUGCACACAGCAAGUGAUUAUGAGGUUUCCAUUAUAUACCUGAUUCUAAAUUUGUUUUCUAGUAUGUAAGUUUAUUUGCUAAUUCUUAAUAAUGUUCAUGCUUUGUCCAUUAUUUUUUAUUUUUACCACUAGCCACAAACUAUUUAACCAAGGGUUGAUUAUGAUCAUGUUCAAGUGUUUAGUAAUGACCACCCCUUCAUUUGUACAAUCACUUCAAUAAAUCCAAGUUAAGGACUUUGAAGAGACCAUGUAGUAACUGUUCAUUUUAACAGAUCAUCACAGGCAUUUGCACAAUUCACAACUCCACCAAUGAAGAUGUAAAUUGAUAUAACCUCUAUGGAGAACAGUAUGGAAGUUCCUUAAAAAACUAAAAACAGAAUUAUCAUAUGACCCAGCAAUCCUACUAGGCAUAUACCCAGAGAAAACCAUAAUUCAGAGAGAUACAUGCACCCCAGUAUUCACUACAGCACUGUAUUCUAUAACCAGGACAUGCAAGUAACCUAAAUGCCCAUCAACAGAGGAAUGGAUUUAAAAAAGAUGUGGUACAUAUAUACACUGGAAUAUUAGCCAUUUAAAGGAAAGAAACUGUGUCAUUUGCAGAGACAGGGAUGGACCUAGAGCCUACCAUACAGAGUGAGGUAAGUCAGGAAGAGAAAAACAAAUACCAUAUUAUAUAUAUAGGGAAUUUAGAAAAAUGGUAUAGAUGUCCUUAUUUGCAAAGCAGAAAUAGAGACAGACCUAGAGAACAAACAUAUGGCUACCAAGGCAAGGAUGAGAGGUGGGAUGAAUUGGGAGAUUGGGAUGACAUAUAGACACUAUAAAUAACUAAUGAGAAUCUACUGUAUAGCACAGGGAACUCUACUCAGCUAAGAUGACACAUUUUAUGUGUAUUUUACAAUUAAAAAAAAAUGUUGAAAAGGAAAAAAACACAACCAAAAAGCAAGCAAGUUGCAAAAAUGUGGAUUAUGUUUAGAGAUGUGGUUCUGUUUACUCUAGAAGCCCUAUAAUCUGGCAUUACCUGCCACAGAAAUCCCCUCUGACAUUUGCUGAAUCCAAAUUAAUCUCAGACCCUCUAAGGACCAGAGUCCCUAGCUUGGAGCACAGCCCUACGGUGAGGGCUUCAGUGGCAGAUUGUGGUGGGGGGAGGGUUAGGAGGCAGGGCAGUCUGCCUGGGUCACUUCUUCAUAGGAAAGGGACCAUGUUUCAGCCACAUUCUCCCAUCACCUUUUGUCAUAAAGAAAUUCAGAGGUUAAAUGUGAGGCCAUGCAGGAUCUCAACCUAUUUCUAUAUUAAUUAGACAAGGCAUAAUUUUAAAUGUGCUCAUGCAGAAACAAAGGUAGAAGUAAUAGUCGAGGAACUAGGGAGAAAAAAACCUUUAGAGUAAUCAGACAUUAAAAAUGUUAAAAAGUUAGUUAUCAAAAAUUUGGAUUGUUAGAAUUUUACUUGCAUAUGUUGUAUUUAAUAGCAAUUGCGGACCUCUGCACAGAGACCCAAGCGCUCAGGUGUAUAUGACUCUCUGUGACUCCAUGGACUAUAGCCCACCAGACUCCUGUCCAUGGAAUCUUGUAGGCAAGAAUAGUAGAGUGGGUUGCUGUUUCCUACUCCAGGGGAUCUUCCUGACCCAGGGAUCGAACCUGCAUCUCCUGCAUUGGCAGGCAUCUCCUUUACCACCCUGCUACCUGGGAAGCCCAUGCACAUAGACCCAUAGAAAGCAGUUUUUCUCACUUUUCACUUAAUCAAAUUCAAGGCUUCCCAUUUAAAGUAUUGGUUAAAGCUUUGCUUAUAUGUUAAUAAAUACAAUUCUAAAUCUUUUUAUAUUACUGAUGGUCUAGGUAGAAUAAUAGAUAAGGAAAAUACAGCUUGAAGCAUUUUUUAAUUUUAAAAAGUGCAAAAUUAAUUUCCAAUGAGAUCGAAGUCAGAAUGUAAAGAAGAGCAUUUUCAAAAAAAUAUUUAAGACAAAACCAAAGAAAACAUAUUUUCAAUUAAGAAGACAUUAUAUUUUAUUAACAUCAUGAAUCAUUCUAAUAUUUGUGCUCUUUCUGAAGUUAAGUAGAUAACAUUGAAGUAAAAUUGAAUCGUGGGUUAUUUGUAAAGUUAGUAAAAUUACAACUCUUGUUCCAUUCUUUGCCAGUGAAAACAGAUACAUGUGGUCUCAUUUACUGCUCUCCUAAACUACUUUCACUGUCCUAAGUACUGUUUGCUUUCCAAAUGCUAGACAUUGUUUUACCCUGAAUCCUAAGAAUUUGUGCAUUUCCAGGAGGGAAUACUCCUUUAUAGAAUUUUUUUUUUAAAUAGUAAGAGACACUAACUGAUAGACCUUAUAUUUUAGGGUGUCUCAAUAAAACAGAAGUAAGAUAAAGUCGCUCACAGCUACAUCUGGGGGUGAGUUCUAAAUUUGAUAGUUUUUCAAACACCAACAUGAAUGCCAAUUAGUAUUCAAUUUAAAACUGACCAUUUCACAGACAAAGCACUGCUUCCUAGAGACUUUUUCAUAUAAGUACAAAGGUCACGUUUGCUCAUAUAAUUUUUUUAAAAUCCUGUAGAAAUGAUGUAUUAGACAUCUCUAACUGAAGAGAAUGAUAUCUCCUGUGCACAUUUGAUAUCCCCAUCUGUCUCCCAGUGUAUGCAGAGACAAACAGUGGCUGCUUAGUGUAAUAAUGAAAAGAUAUAAAUCCUGCCAUGCGGAAAAACUAUAACCAUGGGACGUUAAGCGAGAAUACUCCCCCUAUUCAGGUUCUAAGACUAUAACCAGUCUAUGUAUUUUUCAUCUUGAUUACCCUUAUCUCAAGCAUAUAUUCAGAAAAAUGGAGUAGUAAAUACAGAAUGGGAGAAGGUCCAAUAAUAUUUGCUCCUCUUUCAGAAAGCACUGUUUGCUUUUUUAAUAUUUUAUCAGAAAUACAUGUUCACAUUGGAACACUGACACCUACAGCGUUAUCUUUGGUUACUCUUUCAGUUACUAAAGCCAGUGGCUUUGAUUCAUAGCACUCACACAAUUUCAUUUCAGAUUAUAAAGAGUUGAAAUUUGUUUUGCAAUGCCUCAACGUUCCCUUGGUCAGCCAGGAAAAGGAAAACAGAAGCAAAAGAAGACAUUUUAGAGUUCAAAAGAAUAAUUAUUCUAACAAGCCUGAAAAACAGUAAUGAAACAGUUCGUUCCAAAACACCCCAAUGUGAAUUAUGUUCACAUACAUAAUUCCUAUAUACCAAAUACACAAGUUUUAAAAUAUAUAAAUAUAUAUGUAUAUACACACACAUAUAAGCAUCACUGGAUUCAUAAAACAUUGAUCUACAUUAGAUUUAGUUGAGAAAGCCACUAUUUUUGCUGUAAAUAAACCUGCUUGUAUAUUCUUUCCAUUACUAUUAUGACUUUUUUGAGCACCUACCAUGUGCCAAGUGCAGAUAGCCUAAGGGAGUGUAUCUAGAGGUGAGUACUCAGGCAUCGUUCCUGCCUUGUCACUUUCAGGCCCGUGGAGGCUUCAUGGAUAUUGCAAUGCUCAGUAUUGGCUGAAUGGGGUAAAAACACAUCUUUCAAGAUUUUCUCCAGUGACUUAGUUGUGUAAGGACAGGGCAGAAUUAAGAGUCAUUCUUUACUACACUUAACAGACAGAGAAUGGUAACAGAUUGGGAGUAUCUUACCACCACCCAAGCAAAUUGCACAGAUAAUUACUCCACAUUAGAUCAUCUAGUUUCCCAAGGAUGGAGUGGGGUGGUGAGACAGGGAGCUUCUGGGGAGCAGGGCAGGGGUAGGGCUGUCCCACUGAGGAAUAACCACUGGAACAAUAGCCAUACAAGGGCUCAGCAGGAGAUCCAAGCCAGGGAUCUCCCUACAGGGUCCUCUGGAGGAAGGAGAGAAUUACAGCAAAGGCAGACAGGAAACAAUGAGAACAUCUCUCCAUGGCCUGUUUUUAUUUUUAUUCCCAAGAGGCUAUGUCCCAGCUUCAUGUCCCAGAUGAGAACCCAGAACUGAGUUUUUAAUCAUCAGUAUUCCUUGAUAAAUGAGCGAAUUUAUUGUAUAGAAAAUUAACACAUUUCAGAAAUACGUCUUGAUCUUAAAUGUGAAGACUAAGUGCAAGAUUUUUUUUUUAAUCAUAAAUUUGGUAUCCAUAGUUACUUUAGAUAUUCCAGAAUCUAAGCAUGGGAUUUAAGUUUUAUAUUUUGAAUAAUAACAACAGUAUCUAUUUUCUGCACAGUAAAGCAGAACUGAAUACCAGACUUUUCUUUUUAAGCACAGAGGCCAUCCCUUCUUUCUAAAUUCUUUGCUUGGUCAUCUUCCCUAGACAUCUCUUUCUGUUUAUGCCAAAUGCUUCUUGAUUCAAGUAAUAUUAGCUGUUGCCAAAUUACAUUAGAAUCCUAUUGAAUUAAAAUAAUGGAGAGUAAAUAAGAGAUUGGGAAUAUCUCAUUGUGGUCAGCAGUGGAAUUUUUGUUGUUUUUAAUCAAAAGAAUAUACAAAAGGAAAUGCAAGUUAAAUGAAACCAAUUUCUGAUUUGGUAAGAUUAAAACUACAGGGGGAGUCCAGUUGUAAAGAAAGGAAAGGAGGGUUGGAUGGAGUAAGAAGAAAACUCACAUAACUUAGAAGUAUUUUUCAUGAACUGUAUAUCUCAAAAGCUCUGUCCUUGUUCCCUGCUGAAGUUUGAAACAGGACUUUGCAAAUGCAUUUACUAUACCCAUUUUAACAUUAAGGAAAAUUUUCCAUCAGUUUUUUCUCGCUAUUUUAAAAAUCAUAUGAUGUUAUGGAUUUAUACAAAGAUAGCAGGAUAUAUUCAACAAUGCUUUCUUUUAGGAACCUUCCAACUGUAUUUUAAUAAUUAAAUCACAGAUCAAAAUGACUGCUCAAAUCAAUCAGACUUUCUGGUAAGUUAGUCCCUGAAAACUGUCCAUAAAAUACAACAAAACAUUGGCAAAACCUCAUCGCUCUUCGUACUCUUCAGAGGUUUUUAUAUCUACUAGUCUCUGUUUGUCUCUAAGAGACAUUUGAAAUAAAGCUAAAAUGUCAAUUUGACGAUGAGCUUGGAGUACUUGGCAGUGUGGUCAUUUAAGAUGCAUGGCAUGUCAUUCAGGUCCCUUGGAUGUGUGCUAGAGGUAGAUUUAGCCUUGUAGAGACUAAUGUGUUCAUGCAAUCACUGAUUCUGUGUUGUUGUAUACCAAAUGAACAGCUAAAAAUACACCCUUGAUGACCAGAUUAAAGCAAGAGUAAACACAUUAAAGCUAUUGGACUUUACA